GGUGUUAUAUGAUGAUUAUAUCGGCAUUAAAAACUCUAACAUGCAUCUUUCGAGAUAAGAAAGUCCGAAUAUAUCCGAAGUUAUCACCAGUCGCAGUUGAUUAUUAAAUUUAGUCUGUAGUCAGCCAGCACCGAAGAAAAUGAAAUACGUGAGCACCCGUGGUGGUAUAAGUCCGACAUCUUACGAAGAAACCCUAUUUUCUGGGUAUGCUCCUGAUGGAGGUUUGUACAUGCCGGAAACUAUUCCCAAACUGGCCGAUCUCACUAUCGAGCAGUGGAAGCUUGCUAAGCUGUCAUAUCCGCAAGUAGUCGAGAAGAUUGUUCGACUUUUUGUAACAGAAGAGGAGAUAACAGACCAGGAAUUGACUGAUGCCGUAGAGCGUGCUUAUGAAAAAUUUAACGCUGCAGAAAAAGUCGGAUUUAAAGAUUUGAAAAGUCCGAAUGGCAAAUCGUUUGUGUUAGCUCAAUUGUAUCAUGGCCGGACGGUUUCAUUCAAAGAUUAUGCAUUGAGCUUGGCUGGUCAAUUUAUUGAUCAUUUUUCGAAAAAGCGGAAAACCAGAACUGUUAUACUCGUAGGGACAUCAGGUGACACUGGCAGUGCAGCAAUGGACGCAGUCAAGGGUCUCAGAUUGGUAGAUAUUGUGGUACUAUAUCCUAAAGGCAAAAUUUCACAGGUGCAGGAACUGCAGAUGACUUCUUAUUUGGAUAAGAACAUUCAUGUUUACGCUGUUGAAGGUUCAUCGGACGACCUUGAUGUUCCAAUUAAGGAAUGUUUUCCCCAACACAACGUAACAUCGAUAAAUUCGAUCAGUUGGACGAGGGUUAUGAUUCAAAUUGCCCACUACGUUUACUUUUAUCUAAGAGAAGGAAAUGAGAUUGAUGUCUUUGUACCAACUGGAGCUGCAGGUAACAUUACGGCUGGAAUCAUUGCUCGACUAUUGGGCAUUCCAAUAAACCUCUUUUGCGCAACGAAUGUCAACGACAAUGUAGAAAUAUUCUUCAAUUCCGGUGUUUAUGAAAUGGGUGGUGUCGUAGAAGAAACACCUGCGAAUGCAAUGGACAUUAGGUACCCAUACAACGUUGAAAGGAUUUUUUAUUUGUUCACGGAUGCUGAAACUACUCUCAACAUAGUGACGAAGGACAAAAGCCACAUCUCAGCGGCAACAAAAUCAAAAAUUUCGAACAGUGUCAGAGGCACUUUUAAGGCUGAGACGUCUCUCAUCUAUGAUACAUUGAAACAUACUUGGGAACUGAAUCACUUUAUGAUUUGUCCUCACACUGCUACUGCCGUUGCUUAUUAUGAUCGCUGUUCCUCUUCAGUUGCCAAAACUGUGUACAUCAUUGCAACUGCAUCACCACUUAAAUUUCCGGAAAGCAUUGAAAAAGCUGGAAUAUCCAGUAAUUUGUGGAAUGCUUAUGAGCUACGUGAUCAAUUGCAAUCUACUCCAAAAAUUAUUCCGGAAGUUAUGCGGAAAGGAACCGACUGGCGGCAAACACUGCAAGCAAAGAUUGACGAAAUAUUGAACAGAAGCCUGCAGGAGUAGAGUUGUUUUAUAGUAGUUUAAUGCAAUAAUAUUAAACACUUUAGCCGAACAAUUUGUCGUGUUCUUAACCAAGUGCGAUUAC